CUCCAAUCGACAAAGACAGCCUCAAAAAAAAAAAUCCAACCGACCAAGACGAGCAGAGAAGCUUUCGUCAGUUUUUCAGGAAAAAAAAAAAGAGAAUCUUUCUUCAAGAUCCAAACUCCUCCCCAUCCCGGCUCCGACUCUCCGCCGUCCGCCCUCCGGGCCGGGAGCAACCAAACCAGCUCCCGCCGGAGUCCGGCCACCCCGCCUCUGUCGCUGCGCCGGUUCUUGCGCAGAGAUCUUUUCACUGCUUGUAGGUUCAGUUCCUCGCAGACAACAAGAAGAAGGGAGGUUUUCGAAGGUCUGGUGACACCAAAGUUCAAUGAUGGCCGCAACGAAUGGACUAGUCCAUGCAUCUGCCCACAAGCCCCUGUUUACCUUUGGUGUCAUUGCCGAUGUCCAGUACGCCGACAUCCCGGACGGGCGCUCGUUCACUGGCAUCCCGCGCUACUACCGUCACAGCAUCGACGUCCUCCAGAGGGCUGUCAGUGCGUGGAACAAGCAAGGUGCUGUCAAGUUCUCCAUCAACUUUGGCGACAUCGUCGACGGGAAAUGCCCAAAGGACAAGUCGUUGUGGGCGGUGCAGAAGGUCCUCGGCGAAUUUGAGAAAUUCCCCGGCCCGACCUACCACAUGUUUGGCAACCAUUGCCUCUACAACCUUCCUCGGAGCGAGCUAGUGGCUUUGCUGAAGAUGCCAACGGGUUCUGACCGCGCGUACUAUGACUUCUCGCCAUGUCCUGAGUACAGAUUUGUUGUUCUGGAUGCUUAUGACUUCAGCACGCUUGGCUGGCCUCGUGAUCAUCCAGUGACUGCAGCAGCAACGAGGCUCCUUGAAGAAAAGAACCCAAACGCCGACAAGAACAGCCCUGAGGGUCUGGUGGGCGUCGACCAGCGGUUCGUGAUGUUCAAUGGCGCGGUUGGAGAGGAGCAGCUGUCCUGGCUCAGUGAUGUCCUACGGGAUGCAUCGGAGCGUCGGCAGAAUGUCGUCUUGUGCAGUCACCUCCCAUUGGAUCCUGUAGCAGCGUCCCAGGUAGGCCUCAUGUGGAAUUAUGAUGAGGUGAUGGCUGUUGUUCGACAGUACAACUGUGUAAAGGCCUGCUUCGCCGGGCACGAUCACAAGGGUGGCUACUCUGUGGACUCCCACGGCGUGCACCAUCGCACCCUCGAGGCUGCGCUGGAGUGUCCUCCCGGCACCAGUGCGUUUGGGCACAUCGAAGCGUAUCCUGACAAGCUAUUGCUUGUAGGCUCUGAUGGAAUGGCAGACACUGAAAUGUGUUUUGAGUCCUCGCAGUGAGCUGUUUUGCGAAGUAAAAUCCAUAUGAUUUCAUUAUGUUGACUUUUGGUGAUGUCAUUGAGAGAAAAUUCAUAUGGCUUUUGUCGUCUGGCAAUACUACUAAAUGUAAAUAACAUCACAAUAGCUACAUGUAAGUUGACUGAAUUUACAAUUUGGGUAAGUCAGAUUUUGUAAAAGUAUGAACGGUUGAAGGAGGAAGAAAGCUGGAGGAAGAAGAAAGAAGGUCGACCGUUGAAUCUUUAAUCUAAUGGCUUAGAAAAUCGACUUACCCCAAAAUAAAUUUUCAGGCGACUUACAUAUAGCCUGUCCCAAAUAACAUUGGUACUGGUGGAUAAAGAAAAGUGGAACUAUUGUAAUGCUUA